AUGCUUCGCACUGUCCUGGAUGCUCCUCAGAGGUUGCUGGAGGAAGGCAGAGGGUCGCGACAGCUGGUCCUCGUGGUGGUGUUCGUUGCUCUGCUCCUGGACAACAUGCUGCUUACUGUGGUGGUGCCCAUCGUGCCCACCUUUCUGUAUGCCUUGGAGUUCAAAGAAGUCAAUUCUUCUGUGCACACCAGCCUCUCCGUGGGUUCCCAGCAGGCCCUCGCCCUUCCUGCCUUUUCCGCCAUCUUCUCCUUCUUUGACAAUACCACCAUAGCUGUGGAACAAAGUGCACCCAGGGGCACAGUAGGGACAAAUGGCUCUUCUGGCACAGUACCCCCUCCAGUCACUGAAGCCAACACAGCUCCCAGAAACAACUGCCAGCAGGACACAGAGUUCUUGGAGGAAGAGAACAUCCGGGUUGGGAUUCUGUUUGCUUCAAAGGCUUUGAUGCAACUUCUGGUCAACCCAUUCGUGGGACCUCUCACCAACAGGAUUGGAUAUCACAUUCCCAUGUUCGCUGGCUUUGUUAUCAUGUUUCUCUCCACCAUCAUGUUUGCUUUUUCUGCCACCUAUACCCUGCUGUUUGUGGCCCGAACCCUUCAAGGCAUUGGAUCUUCCUUUUCAUCUGUUGCAGGUCUUGGGAUGCUGGCCAGUGUCUACACUGAUGACCACGAGAGAGGCCGAGCCAUGGGAAUUGCCCUGGGGGGCCUGGCUUUGGGGGUGCUGGUGGGCGCUCCCUUUGGAAGUGUGAUGUACGAGUUUGUUGGGAAGUCCGCUCCCUUCCUCAUCUUGGCCUUCCUGGCCCUGUUGGAUGGAGCACUUCAACUUUGCAUCCUGAAGCCUUCCAAAGUCUCUCCUGAAAGUGCCAAGGGGACUCCACUGCUUAUGCUUCUCAAAGACCCUUAUAUCCUGGUGGCUGCAGGUUCCAUCUGCUUUGCCAACAUGGGAGUGGCCAUGCUGGAGCCCACACUGCCCAUCUGGAUGAUGCAGACCAUGUGCUCCCCUGAGUGGCAGCUAGGUCUAGCUUUCUUGCCUGCCAGUGUAUCCUACCUCAUCGGCACCAACCUCUUUGGUGUGUUGGCCAACAAGAUGGGUCGGUGGCUGUGCUCCCUGAUUGGCAUGGUGGUCGUAGGUGCCAGCUUGCUCUGUGUUCCUCUGGCCCACAGUAUAUUCGGUCUCAUUGGCCCCAAUGCAGGCCUGGGCUUUGCCAUAGGCAUGGUGGAUUCCUCUCUGAUGCCCAUCAUGGGACACCUGGUGGACCUGCGCCACACCUCAGUGUACGGGAGCAUCUAUGCCAUCGCCGACGUGGCUUUUUGUGUGGGCUUUGCCAUAGGCUAUUCUGAGCCAGGACUGCCCCAUGGAGACCCGGAUGUAUGCAACCCAGAAGUCCACGAAGGAAUUUCCCCUGGGGGAGAACAGUGA